AAAGCUUAAACAGUGAAAUGUCUAUGCUUCAAGAUACUUAUUUGACAAAUAAUAACUCAGAUGAUGAUUCUGAUAAUGAAUCUAAUGAAUUAAGUCCUGAUAAAGCUUAUGACAAAACUUUUUCAUUAUCUUUAAUUGUAUAUAUUGAUUAUUUUUUUAAUGCUGACUAA